ACUCUUGACCUUUGAUGUUACAUCACAUACCGUUCACAGAUGCCUAGAGCCACUUCGCCCUCGUAAGCGCGUUUGCAUUCUACUCGCCUUGGGGGCGACUAGUCAGCAAUGUCCGCGUCAUGCGCGUCGCAGACUCCUUCCAGCCCUGGCCUGUGGGACCAGCUCUCUCCUAUCCCGCUCAGCUCCUUCCAUACGCCAGGUAAUAGUCAGGAGCAGCAACCCCGCCUCCAGGAAGAGCAGGAGGCAUCGUCGCCUUCCCCUUCACCCGCAAACCCAUUCGAUGUCGGACUUCCGUGGACUCAAGGCCAGCACUUUGCUACUCAGGUACAACGUCGCUUCUUUCUCGAUGGGUUCAGGGUUCCAAGGAUAGCCGGGCGCUUCAAUGGAGUCAACGACGACGAGGAAGCCAUCUUCGUCGAAAGCUCUUCGAUGGCGGCGACAAGGGCUGAUAAUGAGGGCUAUCAGUCAAGCAGCAAUAAGAGGAGACGUGCGAGUCCGGCUACGGCCGGCGUUGCUGCGCCAGAGGCAUCGGCAACGCUCCAAGCGCAUUUGAGCAGGCCACGACCACGGCAUCGAGCUUUUGCGCGAGCUGUCGAGGGAGAGAAUGAGGCAUCUCGGCCGGAUGCUGAGGAAGAAGAGCCGUCCGCCACUCAAUUCUUCUCGAGGAAACGCAUUGCGCGUACAUGUCCCCCAGCUUCCAACGACGAUGAACAUGAACAGCCUUUGCCAUCGCCGCUGCCGAGGCGAAGCCAAUCGACACCACAACGUAGUCCACCACAGCAAGCAGCAGGAAGAGGCGCACAAUCCCCGCGAGGAAUCAGAUCACCACCAAGUCGAUCCCCUGACGCCCACCAGCGCCAAGACUCUGCGUCUGAGCGUCAAGAGCAAGUAUCCUCCACCCUCACCUCUACGCUUCCAGCCACGAGUCGUUCCCUCUCCGUCCCUCUACCGCCGGCGCCGCCACUCGCUGUAGAUUCAGAAGAAAGUCAAACACCACGACGCGGACUCGCUCCCCUUCUACACGAGCUGAGCUCCGAAAAGCAGGCAGGUUACUGGGCACAAUUCAACGACGACGAUGUUCGGGAGGCCGACGAGGUCAGCCGAGGCGAAUCCUAUAAUGCGCCACCUAGAAAUCCAAGGACGCCAGCUGGUGGAGUAGGAAUCUUGCUGAGGGCAGGAGGCGGACCAGGAGGAGGAGGAGCAAGAGGCUGGGCUUCGCGCGUACACAGCGAGUCGAGGUUGCUGCCUAAUCGUCUCAUUGCUGGGUGCCAUCAGGAGGAUGAAGAUGAGGCAAGGGGAGCCCUGCUUCCGCAUCCUGCUCCACUGGCACGACAGCUCAACGAAGACCACUUCGUCGCUGUAGGCAACGAAGAGUCGCCAUCAAGACCGUGCGCGGCUGUUGCCCCGCCAGCUGGCGCCACGGUCGCCGUGCCUCUCCAGCGGGUCCGCUCCGCCCUAGACAUCACGGCCGACAUGCUCGAAUCGCCUCUUGUCAAUCGUCAAGAUGACUCAAGAAUAGCAGCUCCAAUGGCCCCUCCCCGCGCACCCAUCAGCGUAGUCACUCCGGCCCGUUCACGCAACCAGCACGGCAUGGGACUGGCACGCAAGACGUGGGACACGACCUGGCUUGCGGAUGGGGCACGCGUUGUCAGAGGACGUGUGGUGAGAAGCGCGGGGAGCACGAAUUCGGGGGCCUUUGGGGAUGGAACCGCGAGGAAGAAGACGACGGGAAGAGGAGUUGGAGUUGCGCAAGGAGAGAACGGCUCGCCCUCGGUUGCGACGAGGCGGGGAGGUGCAAGGGGAGGAAGGGGAGGGAGGGGCAGAGGAACAGCACCGAGUGCACAAAUGGGGAGGGGAGGGAGAGGACGAUAGCGACACACAUGUAUUUCCAUUAUGACCUGUUUCCAACGACGCUCCGUUCCCGCCAAAGCUAUCGCUGUCCUCCUCGUCGAGGCGGGAGUCCGCCUGCCCGCCCACUCUCCCCAGCUCUCACGUGAAGCACUUCGCCCACUCGUCACCACUCUUGACCCAGUCAAGCCCCCGAACGACAGCGUCAAGCGGGCAAAGCCCUGCCUCAAUUCUCUUACGAUCUUCGCUGGACGCGUUCUUUGCGGCAGGGCACCACGGCGCACUCUUUGCCUGCUGCACGGCCUCAUUCGCCCUGACCCUCACAUAGCGAGCGGGCUCCACAUUCCCCCUU